ACACGCUUAUCUUCACUUUUCAUAUACACAAAACGUCGUAAAGCUAAAGCUCAUCUUCAGCCGAAGCCUAAGCGCAAAAACGCCGUCGGGUUAGUCCGGCGGAGGAACCACCAUGUCUUCGUCUCUUCUUCUCUCCGGUACUACUGUAUCUUCUCCGUUCAUCGCUCCAUCAAAGCUUUCUCUCGUACGAAAUUUCAAUAAGUCAUCGCUGUUACCAUUUCGGAAUGCUCCAAGAAGCUUAACAAGUGUUAAGUGCACCCUUGAUUCUUCGUAUGGAGGCAAUGUCCCCACGUUUCCUCGGACCAGAGUUUGGGACCCGUACAAACGUUUAGGAAUUAGUCCAUACGCUUCCGAGGAAGAAAUCUGGGCCUCUCGUAACUUUCUCUUACAGCAGUACGCUGGACAUGAGAGAAGUGAAGAAUCUAUAGAAGGGGCCUUUGAGAAGCUUCUAAUGUCUAGUUUUAUUAAAAGGAAGAAGACUAAGAUCAAUCUUAAAACUAGGUUGAAGAAGAAAGUUGACGAAUCUCCUCCUUGGCUCAAGGCUCUUCUUGAUUUUGUUGAAAUGCCUCCCAUGGAUACUAUAUUCAGAAGACUUUUCCUCUUUGCCUUCAUGGGUGGUUGGAGUAUCAUGAACUCAGCAGAAGGCGGUCCUGCGUUUCAGGUUUGCUACUACUUAUACUAUGGCCUU